AUGACUGAUUGUGGAAUUGAAAACUAUUAUUUUGCUAGUUCAGACUUUAUGAUUCUGGCUUGUCAUUGUUUAACUGCAAUUCAAGUGCCAGUAUUUGUGUUCGGGUCUUAUUGUAUUAUUUUUAAGACUCCAAAUCACAUGCUAACAGUAAAAUGGCUACUUUUCAAUACACAUAUUUGGAGUUCCCUGUCCGACUUCGUUAUUUGUUUCAUGACAGUUCCAUACCUAUUCCUUCCUGCUCUCGCUGGCUAUGACUUGGGACUAAUCAAUAAUCCAGGUCUAUCGAUUUAUCUUCUGGUCACUGUAACAGCAUUCUCGGGGGUCUCCGUGCUUUCAAUCUACGAAAACCGAUAUUUUAUCCUAUUCUGCAAAAAAUCUUGGUGGCGAAAAACGCGAAAAAUAUAUUUUUGCAUCAUUUACGGACUAGUACCUUUGAUGUUUGUAGCUCCAUUAUUUGAUAUACCUGAUCAGGAGGUUGCUCGAUAUGAAGUAUUGAAAUCCAUACCUUGCCUACCUGAACUUACACUGGAAAAUCGGAAAAUGUUCGUUUUGACGUUAGAUUUUACAAUUCCUUUUUCCUGUAUCUUUUGUGCUAUGUUAAUUGUGGUAGCAUCGUUUCUGGUCUUCAUCUUCCUUACCUUUUCGAACAUUUGGUUCGGGGAUGCGUGGGCGGCUUCUAGGCAAACAAUGGUGCUUCAGAGAGCUUUCACGAAAGGCGUCACAGUUCAGACUCUCUACGAAUUUUUUAUACUCUUCAUCCCGGUCGUUACUUGCCUUGGCACAAUAUUUUUCUGGUAUCACAAUCAGGUCAUCAACAAUAUUGCGCUUCUAGUUGUAUCACUAAACGGAAUCGGAUCCACUAUCAUAAUGUUAUUCGCUCAUAAGCCAUAUCGAACUUAUACUCUUUCUAUUUUCUGCUUCCUUUGUCCAAAAGUGACAAAGAAAAGAGAGUCAGUGCAUUUACGGGCACACCAAUUGAGUGCCUUAUCGUGAACCUGGAUAUUAUUUCCUUUUUUUUUUUGAAGAAUGAAGUAUGU